AUGGCAGUUAGGUCCAGAACUAUGCUUGAACGAGUGUUUCCCAUUUAUUCAGGGAUACUAAAUACAUCAAAGCCGUUCAAAUUUAUCUGCCAAAGGAACUUAAGUCAAGCUCAAGCCACCGAAGCAAAGAAAUUACGGGCAAUGGUAAAUGUGUUUGUACUCUUAUGUCGCUGUUUCAGCUGAUCAGCAAGUUAUUUUAUUUGUUAGCUCAAUUAUGAAGCUUUUGGUUUCUAACACAGAUGAGUAAGUUAAAGUACAAUCUAAGAGAAUUUUUAAAAAAUUGAUUUAUAAUUAAAAAUAAUUAUUUAAAAAUGAGGUAAAACUCUGAAAGUCUUGAAUAUUACAAAUCGAUAUUUUCGAUGCUCGAUUAAAAUCGAUAUCGAUUAAUAUCGAAAAUCGAUCGGUCGAGUUUUUGUGAUUAUCGAUUUUAUCGAUUUCUGUAUUUAAAUGAUUGAUUUUAUCGAUUUUGAUCGAAAGAUGUAGAAAACAUAAAAAACAUAACCACUCAACAAGUCAACAUACCGCUCGCUAGUACAGCUUUGAAUGAAAAAAAAAAAGAGUGAAUCUAGGCAAAUUUGUGAUUAUCGAUUUUUAUCGAUUAUUAUAACUAAUCAAUCAACAAAUAUCGAGUAUUAUCGAAUACUAUCGAUUAAUCAAUUACGUUUUUGAUGAUCAAUUUCGAUCAAUUUGUGACACGCUGUAAAUAGGGGCCCAGCUUGCCCAGGAUACUCGAUACAAACUGUAGACCUGCCACUGCUGUUCACUGACUGUCAUGAUAAUUCACAUCAAAGAUCAGGAUGUAAUUAAUUCAGGAGCAAGUCACAAAACCACAACUUAAAUGCAAUGGCUGACUUAAAAAAAAAAUCCAGCAAUAUUUCUAGUGCAUAGUUCAAAUGCUGUUUUCCUUAGCAAAUGAUUAUCAUUACGAGUAUACCUAUAAUUGUUACCCAUCCUUAAACUUUUGCCAGUUUUUAUGGUAGUUUGUUGCUAUUUAUUAGCAAUCUUCUUGAUAAACUUCUGUUGAAUUUCUCAGCAUUAAUGAAAGGUACACUGUAACUGGUCAAGUGGCCUGGAGUUGUGCCACCUGAUACCAGAGUUAAGUUGCCCAAAAUGCUGAGUGGACAUGUCCCCUUAAUUUUUUUCAGGUGAUAGUGCGCAGAGAAACAAAGUUAUUUUUUGUUGAAUAAAGAGUGUCAGUAUCUUGUUCUUUAAACCAUAAGGAGACAAAACAAGGGGAAUGAAUGUGUAACAUACGUUAUUUUUUAAUGAGAUGAAACAAGCAGUAUAAAUGUGUAAUAUAUCUCACUCUUGAACCAUUGAUGAGCAGUGAAACAAGGGUGAUCAGUAAGUACUGUAUCACAUUCUUUAAUCUUCGAUGGUACAGAACAAGUGCAAUAAAUGUGUAAUAAGGAUGCAAGGAUGUUGUUCAACAAGAUGAAGUUUCGAGCCACAUAUUUAGCAUUUCAGGCAACUUGACUAAAAAUUUUGGGUGACAUAACUCUGAUUUAAAUGACGCAACUUCAGGCGAGAUGACUUUCGGGCAACUUUACCAUAAACCCAUGAAAGUUUGUGUCACCGAGUUUUUCUUUGUUGUUUCUGCAGGUUGUUGGUUUAGGUAACUACACCCUGCCUAAUACAAGGCACAGUGUAGGGAUGCUUGUAGUUGACUGUCUAAGCCAACAGCUGGGUGCAUCUUGGCAAUUUAACAGAAGAUCACUGGGUCAUGUGGCUGUAACAAAAGUGAAUAAUCGUCAGUUAAUGAUGUUGAAACCUACUCUGGCAAUGAAUGUAAAUGGCAAAAGCAUUUCAAGGACCGGUGCGUACUUACCAAUAAUAAUGAUAUUAUAAUAAGACUGUGAAAGGUUUGUACCCAGCAGUAAUUUUUUAGGUGAAACACGAUUGUCCGGGUGAAGGUAGUCCUGAAUAGGAGUGUUGUUGCCUGAUGACAGUGACUGACGUUUUGACAACCAGUGCUGUAGUCAUCAAAGUGAGUUCUGUCACGUCUGUUGAUGGUAUUAAACUCUGGUUAUUGAUCUGAUUGGUCAAUUAAGUCACAAUGUUAUUGGUCGUUUGUCAAUUAAGCCAUGAAGAACAUUAAUUUGGCUAUGAAGACUGGUUAUCUUAUUGGUGCAUUUUGCCUAUUGUCACAGUUAAACAGUGAUUUAUUGUUAUUCAAAUUGUCAGUUGUCAUGUUGUUCUGUUGUAGUUGGUUUUGCUCGAUUCUGUCAAUAAGUCGUUUCUGCAGUUCUGGUAACUAUUGACUACGAUUCAGUGGCAUUUGUUCUAAAGUAGUAAACCAGCUUGCUGAACUGAGUCGUUGAUAGUAAUCUGUAGAAUACAUUAUACAUGUCGCGGAGACCAGUCGAUUUGGUGUUUUGUCUGUAAUAAUUAUAACAGUGUGUAUAUAUAUUAUUUUUUCCAGCUGCAAUGUUUAAUGUGAAUCCCUGCAAUGUCAUUCUUGUGCAUGAUGACCUUGAUAAGCCUGUUGGGAAAUUCAGUUUAAAACAUGGAGGUAGUGCAGGGUAAGUACAUUACAUGUAGUAUAACUUUAUUACAGCCUGCAGACUCUUCAUUUGUAAGUACAUUGGAACCCAGCCUGCAUUAUAGACAUUUGUAUAUGCUGUAAUGAACAGCUUUUUGUCCCAAGUGUCAACCCUGCUUUACAGACACUGCUUAUCUACACACUGUCUAUUAUUGAAUAUCAAGUACCAUCAAAAACCCAACAGAAACAGCAAAAUUAUGUCCUUUCAAGGGUUCUGUCAUGUUUUGUCUAAUGUUCAGUCCACUUGGUUCAGUGGAAAACUAAAAGCCUUGGUACAAAGUAAGUUACAGAUUCCAUUGUUGUACUUCAAGAACCAUUCUUGAAAGGUAGCUUUAUUCUAGACUGAGGCUGGGGUGGCUGAUAGUGAAGUUUCUUUAGGAUGGACUUGUUACAGCCUCUGCUAAGAAAUUUAACAACGUUUUCUCUUAAAAAAUGUCUGCUUUAGUCUCCAGAUUGAUAAAGUAUAUGCCCCCAGCUUGCUAAGAAAGUCAUGUCCGAUAGCCCGGGGCAAGUGGAUUUUGCUAUUGGGCUAGUGGUUUUUGUUCUUAACUUGCGUGAUGGGCAAGUGCUGUUUUUUGGGGAAAUUCAAAUUACAGAGAGAUAACAAUCCUGCUAAUCAAAAAGGGUUUGGGGGCUAGUUGAAAUGACUUGUGGGCUUGUACGUGCUAGCUACAGCUUGCCUGAAUGGCAGGCUGUAAAACUGACUUCUUUUGCACCCUGUGCCCCUGAUGUUUUUAUUUUUUUCUGAGAGCCUGCUGUUUAAUACAGAGACAUGGAUGAUAUGGACUGGCGUUUCCCCUUGGUUGCAAUGUAUAAGUUAUUUAUAAGAUGAUAGUUGACUACCAGAACCACUUGAAUGCACAUAGUAUUGUCAUAUGCAAGCUGUGUGUCACAGUGUGCUAACUUCAAAAAAAAAAAAAGAAUUUCACCUUAAAAUAAAAUUACAUGUACCUUAAAAACUAGUGUGCAAAUUUAUCUUGGACAUAAAAAUAUUAAGAUUUUCUUUGACUGUCUAUAAUAACCAUGCACUGUUCUAUAUGCUUAAUGAGGUCUUGUGAUUUUAUUAACCUAGGCUUUACUUCUAGACAAAGUUCCAUGAUGGUGAUAUGAUUCAUCAAUCAUUCAAACUUUUGAAUCUAUAGGCAGAAACUUAUUCAAAUGUAGCUAUUUCAGCAAAAUGUUUGCAUAGAUCAAACGAACUAUUAUUAUGGGCAGAAGGGUUUAUAUCUGGUUCCACAAUAAAACAACUAUUGACACAACUCUGCAAUACAGUUCAAUGUACAUGUAAGGGGGGAUGGUAAGUUGUGCUUUCUUGCAGCCCUUCACAUUCAUAUUUACUCAAUGUGGAUGUCACCAAUUUUUUUCAUAUUAUUUAUUUUUACCCCUGCCAUGUGAAAUAGAAACUGUCCUGUACCUUACAUGUAGCUUUCCAAGAGUUCAAAUUUUUUACCAUUUUUUUUUCUUUUUUCAGAGGACACAAUGGUGUUAGAUCAGCAAUUGCGUCACUGGGAUGUGAUGUAAGAUAGAUUGAUAAUAAUGUUAUUGUUAUGGUGGGCGUCAAGCGGAGCCCACGGACUAAUCUUGGUCAGCAGCACUUUAUUAACUUUUAGUGUGGUUUUUCCAAAAUUUGACCACAUUCUUGGGGUGCCCAUGUUCUGUAUACUAAUAUGUGUGGUAUGUGGCCGUGAAAGGCCCUGGUGCAGAAUCUAAGGUCCAGUUGAUGUCACAGUAAUCACGUGAAUUCAGAUGCAAGUGAUGCAAUAAUAUUAAUUUGAUUCUGCAAAAAUGCACUUAUUAAAUUCAGGUAUACCCGUUAUGUACUAAAUGCAAGACUUCUCUAUUCAUCUUGCUGGCCAGAAACCUGUACCAAGGGAAAUAAAUUAGAGCUUGAUCGCAGCUUAGUGCAGGACGAGUCUUCGUUAAGAUGCUAGUGAUUGCAAAGUAAUAAGCUACAAGGUAAUACAGCUGUCUCUCUUCACUUUUCAUCGUUGGCAGGAUAAUUGUAUCUAAGCCACUGUAAAAUCAAAGCAUUGACUUCAAUAUUAGUCUUGUUUAAUGUGUUGUUUAAUUCACUGUCCAUGUUCACGAUCUGCUGUGAUUCCUUUUGUUGACACUGGAACUUAAAGGGCUUUGUCAGAUUCAUGUACAAAAUUGUGAAAGUGGUUCUCAACAUCAACUGCAUCUUUAAGGUACACGUACCAAUACAUGUUUGCCCGCACUUCCUAACCUUUGGUUACUGCUAGUAUAACUGUUAUUUUUAUGUUGAUUUAAGGCACCUACAUAAUGGUGAUAAAUGAUUUUUUAAUUUACUUAUUACUUAUAAUUUGCUUGUUUAUUUUGAGACCCCAAAAAGGGUGCGAGUAGGAAUAGGAAGACCUAAUAACAGACAUCAUGUGACAGCAUAUGUCCUGAGCAGUUUUGAACCAUCAGAGAUCCCAGUUAUACGGGACACAGUUGAACAGUGCUGCAAGGUCCUCAUGAAAGAGCUCCAAUCAUUAAUGAGCCAAAGCAGUGACCAUCAAGAUAUAGGGUCUCCCAAAAAAGACACUGUUCAGUAUCAACUACAGCUAUGA